CACGGUUUCAGCCAAGCUUAGCCAAGCGCAGCCAAGCGGCCAAGCCCUUCACCAUCUCAUGUUCCGUCUCGGGUCCACAUGCAGCCAAGACUGAGAGAGCAAUAUGCGCGCGUGAGGCUCAAGUCACGAUGCUGAAAGCAGAAGAUCGUCGGGAUGAGGAGCCAAACCCAAGAGGUCGGUGGUCUGGUCGUAUGGAAAUCUGAAGACUAUAAGAUAUUCGACUGUCCGGCCUCCAACCUGGUUUCCCUUCUCUCUCAUCAUCACACUUCGAGCCAAUCAUUCCUCAGCCCGGUCUUCUUCUUCUCUCUUCACCCACUUACAGCUGUGCUGUCUUUCACUUCUAGCCAACUCCUCGAUCAUUUUUUGUCAAUCUUCACAUUUGUUUCGCUAGUCGAGCAAAUCCAUACGAUCAGUCAAUCACUAUAAUCAAAACUUCAGCCUCAACAUCCAUCACUAUGCGUUUCACCACCGCCUUCGUGGCCGCCUUUGCUGCCUCCGCCAUCGCCGCCCCGACCAGCCUGAGCAACAAGGCCCACAAGCGCGGCGUCUUCACCACGCAGACCUACAACGACAUCUCCAUUUCUGGCGGAGUUGCCGGUAACGCCGAGGCCGAGGCCCUAGCUGUCUUCUCUGCGCUCGACAUCGAUAAUGCGGACGAGGCCGACAUCGACUUCCUCAGCUCGGUCAACAGCAUCUGCAACGACGCCGAGGAGGGGGCCUUCAACCCGGCCAUCGACGAAGCCGACGGCGAGGAGGCUGACGCCCUCCAGCGCGGCAAGAUAAAGAACAAGGUCCUCAAGCUCGAGGCCACCCUGCUCCGCCUCCAGAUCGAGCAGGCUCAGGGCGCUGAUGUCGCCGAUGAGAUUGCCGCUGAGCAGAAGAAGCUCGACAACAACAUCUCCCAGGAUGUCGAGGCUGCUGGCCUACCGUCCACUGCCCUGGAGUUUGAUGCCACCACUGCUUAAGCGAUAUGGGAUUUUGGCAAAACAAUUCGAGAAAUGACAAGUGGGGUUGUCGAGAAUUGUCUGGGAACUUGAAAACAGAUAUCAUGAAGGAGUAAACCUAAUUACCUAGUAAUAGCUGGAAUGGACAAUAAUCUCUCGAA